AAACAGGCACUAGAGGCAGCUGCAUGAGGGAGAAACAACUCUCCCACCACGCUGCGUAUAUAUUUGGGUCUUAGCUGCCGAGUUUCUGCCGCAGUUGGUGACGAGAAAUGGCUUCUAAACCAGGGAUUCUUACCGAGUGGCCGUGGACACGGCUCGGCAACUUUAAGUACGUGGUAUUGGCUCCCUGGGUCGUCCAUUCGACAUACUCAUACAUGACAAAGGAUGAAAGUGAGAGGGAUCUCUCCUACUUGCUCAUAUUACCUCUCUUGCUAUCACGAGUGAUCCACAACCAAAUAUGGAUAUCACUCUCUCGCUAUCGAACAGCCAAAGGAAAUAACAGGAUAGUCGAUAAGAGCAUUGAAUUCGAGCAAGUCGAUAGAGAAAGAAACUGGGACGAUCAAAUUAUAUUAAGCGGGUUCGUCUUGUACCUGGGAUCCAGACAUAUACAGGCAGCUCACUGUCUGCCCUGGUGGAGGACCGACGGGGUGAUCUGGACAUUUUUAUUCCAUGCUGGCCCAGUGGAGUUCAUAUACUACUGGUUUCAUAGGGCGUUGCACCAUCACUUCCUUUACUCCCGCUAUCACUCGCACCACCACUCCUCCAUCGUCACUGAGCCCAUUACUUCUGUGAUUCAUCCAUUUGCUGAGCAUAUUGCAUACUACCUCAUCUUCUCACUCCCAGUGCUUUUCACUCUGUUGAUGGAGAACACUUCCAUCCUCUCAAUUACCAUUUAUCUCACUUUCAUUGAUUUCAUGAACAACAUGGGCCACUGCAACUUUGAGCACAUUCCCAAACGCCUCUUCUCCUUAUUCCCACCCCUCAAGUACCUCAUCUACACACCUUCGUACCAUUCACUGCAUCACACGCAGUUCCGAACCAAUUACUCACUUUUCAUGCCAUUUUACGAUUAUGUCUAUGGUACCAUGGACAAAUCUUCUGACUCGUUGUAUGAAAAGUCACUUGUUAGAGAGGCGGAAGCACCUGAUGUGGUGCAUCUGAUUCAUCUCACGACGCCAGAAUCUAUAUAUCAUCUCCGUCUAGGGUUCGCAUGCUUGGCGUCCGAACCUCAAAAGUAUAAGUGGUACUUGUGGUUGAUGUGGCCUGUCACGCUUUGGUCGAUGAUGAUCACUUGGAUCUACGGACGCACGUUUACCGUUGAGAGAAACGUCUUCAAACACCUCAAACUGCAGACAUGGGCUAUUCCGAAAUACACCAUCCAAUACCAAAUGCAAUGGCAGAGAGAAUCUAUAAAUAGUAUGAUUGAGGACAGUAUACUAGAAGCCGAGGAGAAGGGUGUCCGAGUCUUGACCCUGGGGUUGUUGAAUCAGGAGGAGGGGCUAAACGGAAAUGGCGACUUUUUCUUGAGAAAGAACCCUAAGCUCAAAGUGAAGUUGGUCGACGGGAGUAGCUUAGCAGUUGCGGUUGUCCUAAACAGCGUUCCGAAAGGAACAACUCAGGUUCUCCUUCGAGGCAAAUUAUCAAAAGUUGCCUACUCCACUGCCCUUGCCUUAUGCCAAGGGGGAAUCCAGGUAUAUACAACGUCCGAGGAUGAGUAUGAGAAACUUAAAGCAAAGCUUAGCAACGAGGCGGGAAACAAUUUGGUCCUCUCAAAGCAUAGUGCUCCCAAGACAUGGUUAGUGGGAGAUGAUCUAAGUGAAGACGAACAGAUAAAGGCAUCAAAAGGAACAACAUUCAUUCCAUUCUCACGUUUUCCUCCAAAGAAAGCGCGCAAAGAUUGCGUCUACCUCAGCACACCAGCGAUGUUGGCUCCCAAGCAUCUUGAAAACGUCGACUCUUGUGAGAAUUGGCUGCCAAGAAGAGUGAUGAGCGCAUGGCGCAUAGCCGGAAUUCUGCAUGCUAUGGAGGAAUGGAACGUACACGAGUGUGGAAACAUGAUGUUCGAUAUUGAAAAAAUCUGGCAAGCCAGCCUUGCACAUGGCUUCCGCCCCUUGACAAACGUCACUCAACUAAAGCCAAACUAGAUUACGUUCUUCGCAGCACAGAAUUCACAUAUUCUGCAUUCUGCAACUCUCAACGAGGCGAUGAUCGAUCGAUAGUAUUCGAAAACGAAGUUGGAGACCUUAAUAAUAUAGCCUAUGAUUCAAUUAUCUAUCUUAUAUACUUUAGAAUCCAAGACAUCUGAAGCUCUUCUACUUCUUGUAACCAAGUGAUGUAUGUUUACUGGGCAAACUUCGUAUCCAGUUAUGAUCGCCAUGAUGCACAUUAA